AUGCCCGUUUCGGAUAAGGCUUAUCUUGCCAAGUAUCUUUCGGGUUCUACGGCGCAAACAUCUUCUCGGAGACUAGAACGAGGAGGAAACGAAGGAAAGAUUAUUAUACCCAAGUCCUAUGGCGGAUCAAGCAUGGGAAAUUAUGGUGAUGAAGAGGAUGAUGAGUUACAACCAGUCGUGAUUGAAAAUAAUAAUAAUAUUCGUGAACGAGUGGAUGAUCAUUCAAAGAAAACGGAACUAUUAAAACGUAAACGAAAUGAUUCUGAUGAUGAUUUAUCACCUGUGAAAAAUAAGAAGGAAGAUAUAACUGAAAAUAUAAAUGAAUCUCGUCGGAGGCAUGAUAGUGAUGACGAAGAUGAGGAUUUAUCACCACCACGAAAACCAAUGGGUGUACAAUCAUCAAAUAUUGCUCAUCAUAAUUAUUCAGCUAAGUCAAAGCUGAGGCAUGACAGCGACGAGGAUUUAUCUCCACCACGACAACCAGCAACAACAAUUACUAAGAGACAUGACAGUGAUGAUGAGGAUUUAUCACCACCAAGGAAUGCUGUGAAACCAAAUGUUGUCACAGAAAAAAAGAACAGGCACGAUAGCGAUGAAGACUUAUCACCAGUUCGAAAUGUGCACCAUUCAAAAAAUAUGUCCAAUGUUGAAAUAUCUACUGUUAGCAAACGACGUCACGAUAGUGAUGAUGACCUGUCACCUUUGAGAAAACCCUUAACAACUAGCAGCACCAUUCCAUCCAAUGAUAAACACUCAACGACUGCACCCAGCAGUGACGUUAUUCAUCAACAGCUAAGUCGAAGGCUUACUGGAGGGGAGACUGAAACUACCGUUUACAGACAUCCAGAAACUAAGAAAAUUAUCUCGUUUGAGGAAUAUGCUGAGCUCAUGAAAAAGAAAAAAAAGCAAACAAAAAAGAUAACUCAAAAUGAAAUUUCCUGGGCUAAAGGCCUAAAGCAGAAAGAAGAAUGGCAAGAAAUGCAGGAUGAGCUGGAUAAAUCUAAAUCUGAAGCAUACAAACCUAUUUAUGCACAGGACGCUUCAUUAAAUGAGCAUUUGAAGGAUCAGCUCAAGGAAGAAGAUCCAAUGGCAAGAAUUUUGGCUGAAAAAAAGACGACGGAAGAAAAAAUCAAGCACAAGAAAAUUAGAAAAGUUUAUUUAGGGCCAGCUCCAGAAAAUCGUUUUGACAUUAGGCCAGGAUGGAGGUGGGACGGUGUAGACAGAUCAAAUGGAUUUGAAGCACAAUAUUUCAAAAGAAUGUCAGAAAAUUUAGUGAAAGAAAGUGAAGAAUUUAUGUGGAAUAAUGCCGAUUUGUAA